AUGCUGAGAGAUUUUACAUGCUAUCCUCAUAUCUCUGAACUUCCAGGUCACUAUGUUCUUUAUUGGGAAAUCAAAGGCCACAACAACGAUGACAUCAGUGAGCUAAUUAAUACCAAUGUGUUGGUCGAAUGUUGCUCGGUAAUAGAGGAAUCACUUGAUGCUCUUUACAAAAGAUUUCGGAGCAAGGAUGGAUCUAUUGGAGCUUUAGAGAUAAGAGUGGUUCAAAAAGGAACGUUUGACUCUCUUAUGGAAUAUUUCAUUGCUCAAGGUGCUUCUCUAGCUCAAUACAAGACACCUAGGUGCAUAAAAUCUCCCGAGGCCUUAGAAGUUCUUGAAAACAGGGUCAUUGCUCGUUUUCUUAGCGACAAAUUACCUCAUGUGGACUCUACUCUGUGGUAA